CCAGCAUGGCGGCCGCGCGCGCUGCCGUACGACCAGCACUCAGGCUCCUGCUUAGCCGCGGCCUGGCCCCUCGCUAUGCCCCGCCGUGCCCGCCACAACCGGCCCGCGCAGGCAGAGUCGACAUCUGGAGCCCCUGCGGCGGAGUUAGGAGCGGCUCCCACGUCCGCAGCUGGGAGAGCGGGGCCGGGGUGGUGGGGGAGGACGGAGAGGAGCCCGAGGAGGAGGAGAAGGGAGAGCUGCUGAGCCCGGAACCACUGCCGCUCAGCGACCCGGAGGGAAGGAAGGCACACGACACAGAGUGUCAGGUGGCGAGGCCGCCGCGCUGGUGCACGCAUUACACGGCUGAUCUGUGAUGCGGACCCUGGUGGCGCACUUGGGGAUUCCCAGAGAGCAAGUUUGUCUUUGGCAAGGGAAACUACCCAGCUGACGGAGAAGACCAAGGAAUCUGUGCACAUCAUGUGUGUGUUUCUGAACAUGGAGAGGAUGACAGCUCUGACCAAGAAGACCCUGCAGAGUGCCUGGGGUGUCCAUGUGAUGGACAGGUUCACUAUUGUCCUGCACAUAUUGUGCUGUGAUGCCCACCCCAGGAAGGCCUGGCUGCAGCUGGCACUGGUGGAGCUUCACCCCUGCUCUGGAUGUUAUCCUGCAUGUGAGGGACAUGAGCCACUCCAACAUGGAACAACAGAGGCCAGAAUCUUGUCUACACUGCGAGGUCUGCAGCUGCGGUGUAGACAAGACACUCUUGAACUCCAUGUUGGAAGUUUACAACAAGAUGGAUCUGGUUCCUGGCUACAGCCUCCCAGGACCCUGCAUCCUGGCCGUGUGUCUGCACUCCUGGGCCAUGGGCUAGACAAGCUGAAGGCGACGCUGGAGGAAUCUGUUCUGCAGGCUACUGGCUGGCGGGGGCUCACCCUCUGUUUACAGCUUGGGAGACCCCAGCUCUGCAUGCUCCUCACAGAUGGUGCUGUCUCCCCACUUGUCAGCACUGCUUCCCAGCCUGCACCACCCUCUGCUCAUCACCAUGCACCACGCUGACAUCAGCAUGCUUCCCAGAAUGCACCACAGUGGUCCCUCUGCAACUGGCAGUACAAGGAGGCCAAGGUGCAGCAGGUGCAGGAGCUGCCCAAGACUGACACCGCCCACAUGACCGUUAUCAUUAGCAAAGACAACUAUGGCCGGUUCCGGAAGCUGUUUCCUGAGUGACAGCCUGGAGUGGGGUGUGGAUACAGCUUGUGGCCAUGAUGUUGUCUCGCCACUUUCUCCCUCCCAGCUGUUCCCUGAGUGACAACCAGGACCAGAUGUGGAUUCAGCUCGUGGGAGGGUGUUUGUGGAUGGCCCCAUGUAGUCCUGCCCCUUUCUCCCAGCUGAUUCCUAAGUGACAACUGCAUAGAUGGACUGAGGACUUGAUAUGGGAAGUCAUGGCCACAUCAUAGUCCUGUCCCUUCCUCCCUCCCAGACUGACUGAAAGCUCAUUAAAGUGGAAUUUGCACUUUGUUCCCUCUC